GCUGCGCGCCAGCGAAUAUUGAGCAAAGCAAAGUGGAUAAGAGAAGCAACAACAAAAGAGCAAUUGAGGCAAAAAGUUGACAGCUUUGUGGAAAAGAAGCGGCGUCAGUAGAAUAUAUUGCUGUGUGCGAGAAAUUAGUGUGUAGCGCUACAGUUGUUAAUAAAAUCGUUAAUAAAACAUAUAUAAGAUUUAUAAAAAUAUAUAAAAUUUGUAUUUAAUGAUAAUAUAACUGAUACGGAGUAAAGUAGAGUAGAGCAACCGUAGGUGAAGGUGUUAAAUAAGCGCUAACAUGAUGAUCAACACACUGCUAGAGCAUGUACCCAUAAAACUGGAAGCGCCGGAUAAUGGCGACGAGGAAGACGCAGAAAACAAUAGCAAACAGAAAAGCAAAAUUGUGAAAAUGAAUGGUAAGAAUGUAGUCGUUGAGGAAGAUGGUAGCGGUGAUGAUGAUGAGGAGGACGAUGAAGACACUGAUGAGGAUGAUUCUGAAACGGAUCUUCUGGAGGAAGAUGAUGAUGAUGCGACAUUAGUACCGAUUAGCAGCGAUGAAGAAGCGGAGUUGGAAGCGCAACGUAUACGUUUCCCUGAAUUAAUAGGGAAAAACUUACAUUUAACAGCUCUUCCGAAAGAUGGGAAAAAGACUAAAUCCACGAAGAAAUUGCGUGAACGCAGUGUUUCAAGUUGUGCUAGUGUAAGCAGUAAAACUUCAAUAGCAUCUUGUUCAUCUGCCUCAUCAAUUGCAGAUAGCAAAUAUUCAAAUCAGAGUGAUUUACCAAAGCAAAAACAAAAGUCAGAUUCAACGAUAAAAAAGACAGUUGCUUGUAGAAAUAUAGAAAAAGGUGGUGCGAGUACGGAAUCCGAAGCCGAACAUGAUGAUAUUACUGUAACAUAUAAACGACCCCUACGAAAUCGGGUUCCCUCUACUUGCUCCGUCGCAUCAUCGCUGGUUACGCCUUCCUGUCAAACUGAAUCUUGCGGUAAUAUUUAUGUGUACGAGGAGCAGCAAAAACUUAUAUUUAAUUGCAGCUUUUGCGAUUUACGUUACGGCGAUAUGACGUCGUUCGCAAAACAUUUGCAUAAUGCACAUAAACUGUUUCAGGAGGAAGAAGAUGUUACCUCAACAAUAACGGCGCGUAAAAGUCCACGCACACAAACGAAGCAACAGGCUGAAAGCAAAGCGCAAGCGCAGGACAACAAGCUAAAGGUGGUAGUUAAGACGGAAAUGAAGCCACACCAGGAAGAGUGUUGUGAUGAUAAUUCAAGUGCACACUCAAUGUCACCAAUUCCUGUUGAUGCAACACUAGAAUCAUGUGGGAAUGUUUUUAUUCUAAAUGGCAAAAAACUUUUCCUGAUUUGUGGCCACUGUGAGUGCAAAUAUGCCACACUGGAUUUAUUCCAUAAACAUUUGCGACAACAGCAUCAACUAUUUUCUGGCCCUGUAAAAGAAAUAGAUGUGUUGCCGAAGUCCGAAAUAAAGGUUGAGCUGCGCGGUGAAGGAGAGCAACUUCCAAAAGUCAGUGCAGCCGCUCUAGCUAUUGAGAGACAGCGAAAAGCUAGCAUAGAAGCAAUGAUAGCUUCGCCUGUAAUGGUAGUACUACCUGUGGCACAAAACGUGGACAAUAAUGACAUAUUGCCGGCGACGGUUUCAGUGCAAGUACCAGAAACGCCACCCCCAGAGGAAGACAAGACAGUGGAAGAGUCAACAUUAAAUACGGCCAACAAGCAAAAAGUGGUUACUGAAAAGACAUUUUUGAAUGAAACAAUUUGCGAAGCAGAUAAUGCAAAGAAAGUAGUGGAUGAUAAUGAAAAGCAACUAAGGGUUGAGGAGCAUGCGCAGUCGGAAGCGGGGCAACAGGUGCAUGCUACCGGGAGUGGUAAUAAUGAAAAUGCACAUAAAACUUGUGCAGAAACGGUUGAAGAUGGGAACAGUCAAGAACUGAAACCUGUUGUAAAGCGUAAAAGAAAACGCCGGUCGGUAUUUUCGAAACGAUCGCCGCCAAAGAAACGUGCUGCUGCAACAAAAGACGUCAGUUCACAUCAAAAUGAUAAUAAAGAUGAAAGUAACACCGAUGACGCAAUUAAAUUGCAUUCCGCAGAUGACCCUGCAGCAGAGCGAGCUGAUACAACGCCAUGUGAACUCAAUUUGGUUCCUGUUAGCGAAGUAUCAUCGAUGGAAACAGGCAUAACCGACUCAGAUGUCAAAACUUUGACUGGUAUAGUAGAGGAUGCUGCAAGCACGAAUUUCACCGCUAAUAUAGAAGAGGUAGUGUCAGAGGCUAAUACCUCUCUAAGCGCUCCUGAAAUUAAAAAACAAAAAGGAAAAACAGCAGAAAAAAUAAAAAUCCCUCCAAAGCCGACUGCCAAGAGAACUCGCAAAAAGAAAGCUCCUGCUGUUGUAGAAGAACAAUCAGUCUCACUGUGUAAAACUGGUACCAAAUCUAAAUCUUCGUCUCCUGAAUGCUCAGUUAAAUCUUCUCUUGACCUCGAAUCGACAAUAGAUGCAAAAGUGGGAACCAGUAAACCCAUUGCACAUGUCAUGCGUACUACUUGCUACUCCGAAACACAAAAGUUACGCUUUGCUUGCAAUCAGUGCCCAAAAUCGUUCAGUAAGUCAACACGGUUGGCUGAACAUAAGCGUUUGCAUACAGGAGAGAAGCCGUUCAGUUGUGAGGAAUGUGGGAAAACAUUCCGCAUUAAAAGACGUCUAAUUGAGCAUAAAAUGCGACAUCUCAAAGUGAAAACAUACAAAUGUGAAACAUGUGGAUUACCAGUGGCUACCAAACAAGACCUCAGGCUACAUCAACGCCAUCACACGAAUGAUCGACGCUAUCCUUGUACCGAGUGUUCGAAAGCCUUUGUGCGCAGCACCGAUUUAAAAAUACAUAAGCGUGUCCAUACGGGCGAGAAGCCGUUCGUAUGUGAAAUCUGCCAGAAAACAUUUCGAGCCAAUCAGAAUCUCCUUGUACAUCGUCGUUCACACAUGGGCGAAAAGAAUUAUAAAUGUGAUUAUUGUGACAAACGCUUCAUGCGUAAUAUUGACCGCAAGGUUCACCAUCGUACACAUACAGGUGAAAGACCAUUUAAAUGCGAAAUUUGUGGACGUUGCUACUCUUCCCGCGCCCAUGUGCGCACUCACAUACAACGUGAACAUGUCGAAAAUGGAGGCGACACAAAACCUGAGCGUAAGAAGAACGAACGAAAGACAAAACCAGCUGCGGUGGACGAAAUUGUAAAGGAACAACAGUUAAUUGAUGAAAUACAAGAACAAAUAUUGCAAUGCUUAAAAACCGACGAUUUAGAUGAAGAAGAGUUGUCACCCACACCAACAGCAACUACUACAACUAUUGUGAAACCUGCUGAAAUAAAAAAACAGAGACGUGGAAAAUCAACACCCAGGACAUCGCCCGCUUUGAAGAACGGUGUUGACAUCGAUUUACCCCAUCAGGUCCAGCAGCACGCACAAUCGAGGGGUGUGCAACAGGUGUCCGUAACUGUGUCAAUGCAAAUGCAGGACGAUGUGGGUAUGGCAGAUGAGCCGAUGCCUGAAAAGGAAAACGCGACGACGUUAGUUGGUGCGGUCUCAGCAUCACUAAGCAAAAACACAAAGAGUGAGCGUAAAAUAUCGAGCUAUUUCUCUGUGUUGGGACAAAAAACAGAAAUUUAAAGACUUGCACAUUUCACAUUUCAAAUGGAACUAAAAACGCAGAAUAUUAUUUUACAAUUUUAUAACGGUUAUCUGGGAGUAGGAGAUAACCAUACACGUAAUUAGCUAAGGCAUCGUUAGAUACAUAGAUUUCUCAAAUAAGUGACAAAUAUCAUAUCGUAAGCAAGGCACUGUCUUCAAAUAUAAAGUACGAAUAUAUGUGUGUAGUUUUGUCCAAAACACAAAAAUAUUUCAACUAAAGGACCUCGCCUGAGUUGUUAACAGAAAACAAAUUGUUUAGUACAUUUCUAAGCUGUUGAAACUAUUGUUGAGCAUAUACACAUUUAAAGUUAAUCCAAUGCUUAGGGUGACUGAUACUACUGAUUACUUCAUAAUUUAUUUCAACCACAAAUCCCCUUUUGAUAUUAUUUGAGUUUACACAAAAUUUGUAACAGUGCCCACGAUAUUCCAUGAACAAAUUCAUAAAUGCAUCCAACAAUUUAUUAAAAUUACUUCAUUUUAUGUUGCAACUCAGUUCUUUUGAGUUAUUUAAAAGCAAAAAAGUCAAUGAUGAGCGCUACACUGCGCAUGAAUACUAUAACACACGAUGCAUACCAUUUAUGUAUAUUAUACUCAUUAAACUAAAAUGAUAUUCCUAAGUUCGUCUUAAUUUUAGAUUACUUUAUACACUCAAGCGCUGUAUAGUGGCGCAGCUUAACUAUAAUGCAAACAUAGUUUUAAUUUUUUAAAGAGAGAGUAUAACAAAACGCUCAAUUUAUCAAUUAUUUUUCUUAAAAAUUAUAAUUAAACCAUUUCAAUGCAUUCUUGGUAGACUUAAAUUAAGUUCAUCGUAGUUAAAACGAAAAGAGAAUACUUAAAAGACAAAAUGAAUGCACUACAUCCGCGGUUAGUUGAGAAUUUCGGCUUGGUGCGAAAUAUGACAACGUGUUUGAGUGUGUGUUGUACUUUGCAAAUGUCCCAUUCCUUGUUGGCAGAUGCAAAGGUCACAGUUGCCGUGGAGGAAGGGAUAAAAUUUGCUCAAUCCACGACGCAGCUGUUUGAAAGGAAGUGCUCUCUUCAACCCCCAGCAUAUACCUACAAACACACAUAUCUACAUACUUGUAUGUAUGCCAGUUGUAUGUAUAUUACAUAUGGCAUACAAUUUUUCAAUGCUUAAUACAUGUUUAGUUUGUAGCUAUCAGUAAUUUAAAACUCAAUAAACUCAUGAUUUGUAA